CGUUCCAGGAACAGUGUGCAUUUGAAAAGCGUACGAUGCAGUCGGUUGCAUUGAUUUUGUUCCUGAUCCCGCUGAGUUCUCAUCUGCUGGACGCGCAGGCGGUUCAUAAUAAUCCAUUUGAUGCUAUCAGAGGCUGUAAGCAGUAUGCUCAUGUAGCUGAUUACAAUGGGCAGAUCGAAUACGUUUCAACCAACACUCUGCAAAAUGUGGCCCAUAACAACAAAUCGAGGAUCUUUAAGAUCGGCAUUGUUGGGACGAAUGAUGGAAUUUUUCGCUACGGAGAAUCCAGAUUCCCAUAUGGCAGGGAUGUGAUCGAAAUAGUUAUAUCAGGCUGGGCAAACACCUAAAGUGCAGGCCGACGACAGCAUCGAAAGACGAACAAUCAACAAUCAUACGUGCAAUUGGCCGCUGUGCCAACUCAAGGUCUGCUGUCGCCGUUCUAUCCCACUAUCAUUCUGCUGGAGGUUUAUAGUACGGGGCUAGUGCGUAUAACGAAGGCCGGCGAUAAGGUACCGUUCCUGGUAUUUAUCGAUGAGAGACGGAUCCCAGCAAACUACAUAGGAUUCACGAAGCAUGAAAAUAAUGAUGUGAUUUACUUCUACGACUGUCCAUUAUAAUAUGGAGCAUUGUGAAAAGAUAUGCUGUCCCAAUAUCGACCAACAGUUAUCCUGCGAUGCAAGUGAAUGGCUUAAUCGAUACACGAAUUAAUACAUAGGAACAGUUGUAUAGCAUGGGAGCAUGUUUAUUGGCCAAAAAUAACUUCAGUAGAAAAGUAACAAAAAUGUACUACUAUUAUCAUU